CAUAAUUGUUUGUAAACUUUAGAAGCUUAGUCGACGUAAAAUAUAACAUGGUUUAAUGAAUAUUAAGUGUAAGAUUUUAAAUUUUUUAUUGAACAGAAAUGCGAAAAUAUAGCAACAGGGCUAUGAUAUGGUGAUGUCAGUAAAAAGAUCUGACUAUUUUUGUUAGUUUCAGUUUACAUCCCGUGAUAUCUACGAAAACUAGGUCAGCCAAAAAGGAUUCGUCGUAAAAACAUGAUGGAGGAAACAUCGUGUGAGUAUCAACUUUAGACAAGGAAUUUGAUGUUGUUCGUGGAUUAAACACCAGGAAUUCGUCCCGAUGUUUAAACACUGACCAUGGGGGUAGCUGACCAUUAUUGGGGCGUCCUCCUAACCCUGAGUUACUGUCUGAUAUUACCGGUAGCCGGUUCCUCUAGUGAUAUAGUGCUGACCAGUACCUACCAGAGAGGCACCAAGAUAUGUAAACCUGUCUUCAACUGUCACCAAGGGCAGCAGAUCAAGGAAUGUGCUAGUAGUAUGUUGCAUGAAACCUGUGAGGAGUGUCCAGCUGGGCUGGUCCAACCAGACCUCAUAUCAUCCGUCCUAAAACUCGAGAGUCAUCGUAAGUGUUUCCAGCUACAGGAGGCAAGGUGCUCCACUAGAGACACAGUACCAGCACGGGAGAAAGAUGGAAAAAUAUUUUGUGCCAAGUACUGCAAGUGUGACAUCACUAAAUGUUUCUUUGGGGAAACAUCGUGUGGGUGUGAUAAAAAGAAAGAUGGAUGUCCACCAAACUACCAGCUCAACGGGAUAACAGGCGAUUGUGAGCCUUGUCCCGACUUGACUUACAAACACGGUGACAAAUGUGGCCCGUGUGAGUACAAUGAAACAGCCUUCAAUAUCACUAUGAAUAAUACCACAACUGUUACUGAAACGACUCCAAAACCUGCAACACCGGAACCAACAACACCUAAGGUCAAACCAACAACCACACCUAAACCAACUAUUCCUCCAACCAAAGGUAGCCAAUCUGAGGAGAAGGAGGGACUGUCAUCUGUGGCUGUGAUCAUUAUUGCUGUUUUGGUGGUUGUCCUUCUGAUCUUGGUGGGGAUUAUGUUGGUCAUCUUCUGUUGUUACUGUAGAGGCUCUAGAUGCAAAGAAUUUCUAAAGAAACCACCAUUUGCCAAUGGUCAACCAAAUGGACAUCUAAAUGGCUUCCUAAGGAAUGGCCCGACACCUUGUGAUGAAAAGUUGUACGAGGAGAUGACCACUAUACCUAUUGGUAUCAGCUAUGAGAAUGAGCCGUUGGUUCCGCCUGCUCCUCCUCCACACCCAAACCAUUCACCAAUUAGGGCCUCGGACCAACUUCCACCAAUACCAAGCCAGUGGUCUCCAACAAACAAUAGCUAUAUGAGUGCUGUUGGGUCUAGCCAGGCUGGCCUGAGGGUAACGUUACCACGACAAAUCUCUCACCCAGUCCAAGACACGACACCGCACACUCCAGGGAGUGGUGGCAGCUCAAGCCUCACUAACGAUUUUGAAGCUAUGAAUCAUUAUUCCACGGGCAGUUACCUAUGUCCUGGACCAGGCAUCAGCCAGGAGCCAAUUCAUGCUGUGGACAAUCGCAUAUCUGAUGGUAUAAACACUGAUGUCAAACAGCAACAGUCAUCACCCAUACUCUGUACGGAAGACAAUCCUGACACUCCGGCACUUCCUAACUUCCCAACAACAAACUUGUCCACUGAUGAGUUUGCUCAUCGUAAUCGUGGCCAUUUCCUGCCAGGUGGGAGAGCUCUAGAGCACGGGGAAAAUGCUGCUAAGGAGAAUGAGGAGGAAACACAGCCCAAACUUGGCAAUCAGUCGGCCAACUCCUCCCUACAGAAACCAGGAAGCGACCAUUUUGUUUCUCUGAAUCAAGGCACAGAUAAAAAACACUUAAUUCCUAACUACACUGAAGUAGAAAAGCACAAAGGUGCUGUAAACUUUUCUGUCGAGGGCAAAGUUACAGAAGGAGCAAAUUAUAUCGGUGAUGCAAAAGUUUCACCGACCUAUGUUGACAUGGAGAAAAAUCCAAGCUCUUCUUUUGUUGAUAAGGAUACUUCCCAAGAUGAGGCAUAUGAGAGUGUUGAUCCAUCUAAUUACAAUAAAACUACAAAGGAGACCAAGGACAGCUCUAUAGCAUCCAAUCACUCAAGUACUUCUGGCAAGAGCUGACAGACUAAACCAGCUUCCUUUUGAAAAGUUUUUAACUAAAGUUGGCAACAUUCAACUGCAUUCAACAGCUGACAAUGACUAAUUGUUUUCCUGUGAUGAAGAAUCAUUACAUAACUUAAGACAUGAUUGUGCAAUGUCCUAGAGAUAUGUUGGGUAUUCUUUGUGAAUAGUACCGCCUACAGGAAACAGGCAUUAAGAAAUACUGACUCAUUUGCAUGACCUAGAAACAACCAAUGUCACACUCGCUCUUAAUUUGCCUACUGAUAUAAGCCUAGAGGAAUGAGGGAUUUUAUCUCAUGACAUAGAUCUACGCAGUGACACAAGUCGUCCGCUAGAUCACGGUAGAAAUCUCCUCACAAAUCAAACCGGUCUACUAGUGAAUUGGUGCAGCAGUCUCUACAUCCCCAGCUCUACAGGUAGAAGGCAGGGUUCAACAUCCAAUGGGAAGUGUAAUGUGUUACCUCCUUAUUACUUUCGGGCUCCUAGGCCACACCUGGUGACACUUGGUGAUCCUGAGGAAUAGACAGUGGAGUAAUGCAAUAGUGCUAGCUAUUAAAUGUGGUUUACCUACCUGGCCAUGGUCUAACAGCUAGCUUGUGUAGGUAUGUGAUUGGUGUCUAGAGUCCAGAAAUGGCAGUACCUAUUGCAGGCUUUUGUGAUAGCAUUGAUCAGGGGCAUUGACCACUGUAGGACUCCUAGACCACACCUGGUGAUACCUGGUGAUUCUGAGGAAUAGACAGUGGAGUAUUGCAACAGUGCUCGCUAUUGAAUGUGGUUUACCUACCUGGUCUAACAGCUAGCUUCUGUAGCUAUAUGAUAGGUGUUUACAGUUAAGUAUUUGCAGUACCUAUUGGGACCUAUUGUGAUAUCAUUGAUCAGGGGCAGUUCCAAUUUUAAGGACCUUGUCUUGAUCCAGGCAGAGUAAGGGCAGUAUCUAUUACAAAUGCUAUUUGGCACAUAAAGUUUUUCACACUUAUAAAGUAUUCAGAAACUUUCGUUCAAAUAAAUUAAGGAUAUUAGUGUUGUCUUUUUCGUAUGAGCUUUAUGGAAUGAAUGUAGAAUAUUUUUAUUAUAUAUAUAGCUAUUUUCAAUUUAAAAUUUGAAAAUUAAGUAAUGACAAAGAACCGUCACAAAUUGGGGAAUGUUUCUACCAGAACUUUUAUAUAUAAUGUUUGGAAAGCAAUACUUGAUGCAUGGUUCCAGUUUCUGCCAGGAAAGAAAUCUUGGCGAAUAAUGAUGUUAUAAUGCAACUUUAACUUUGGCAUGAUAUUGCAGAGCAAUGUUACAUAUUUGUUUUACUAAUGAAAAAUGCUUGCAGCCUUUACACCACUUGCUGGAUAAGGAAUACAUGUCCAGGGGUUAGGGAUGGUGGAACACAACAAGACAGAAAUGAAAUAUUAAUCAUUUGUAUCAAAUGUAACAAAUUCCUUGCCACUUGUAACUUAUUCUUUAACAUUUAUUGGUUGUGUGUGGAUAUAAAUGUCUCCCAAGCUUGCUUUAUGGUAACCAUACCACACGCAGUGCACUUGGUAUCAAACACUAGCUAUAUAGAUUUUGGAUUCGUAUGUUUGCCUUUUAAUGCUAACUCUUUGAAUAUCAUUACUCAUUAAUUGUUGAAAAGAUUUUCACCUGGCUAAAUAUAUUGAUAAUAAAUGUAUUACUUAACGGAUUAUACUUAAUGAAAACCAUUUGAGUUGUAUAAAAUAUUGAAGUGUCACAUAGGAACAUAAAGGUCAUGGUAUACGUGCGUAGGAAAGUAGUAUUAAACCAACGUAUACCAUCAUAUACAAGUACUCCCAGAGGCCUGACUGAUGUAAUUGUCUUUUGACUUAUAACUAGUGGAUGAUUGUAUUAACUGAUCACCUAUAAAGAUAAUUAAAAGUCAUGUUUAUAUAAGUGUUUAAAAUCAAAAUUGUGUUUUAGAAUAUAAAUGUUACCCUCUUGCAUAAUAUUGUGUAUAUGUGAAUGGCUUCAAUGAAUUCACCAUAAAAAGGUACCUGUACGUAUAUAGUUUGGGUCUACUUCCUCAGGGGAGAUAACUCCAACUCUAAUACCAUAUUGUACCAUUGGCUGGCUUUAAUGAAAUAGCCAAGCAAGGUAAUUUAAAUACACUUUCAUGUCCACUUCCUCAAGGGAGAUAACCCCACGAUACCACACUUCACCAUUGCUGGCAUAUGAUAAUCAUUUAAAUGUAUUUGUUUCACUUUCUUCCAUUUUAUUUGAUCAAUUGCUUUUAUGGUCAUAUUGUCACACGUGAAUUUUUUACAUUAAUUGGUGUUACAAACAGACACCUUAGUAACUUGUGAUAACAGUCUGUGUCGUAGGAUAUUGGUAAAUUGAUAUGUUGUGCCUUGGAGUGGUAAAACUUAAAUCUACGCCUUUGUGUCCAGUGUAAAUGUUAAAGGUAGACCGUUGUUGGAUUUUCCAUAGUCAUUACUUAGAUAUCAAUCAUGAGCUCAGCUCUGUAUAUAUUAAAAUCGUAAUUGUGAUUUGUAAUUGCCACUAUAACACUAUGUUGAAGCUGUUUUGUGAAUGGAUAAAAUCCCCCUUUAGCCCACAUGUCCCUUGGAAGAAUUGUCAAUACAUGUACUAACAUGCAUAAUGAAUGUAAACAGACAAUUCAGUAUUAGACGGAGUUUAUACGCUUCAUAUUUUUGUUUGUGUUGUUGGAUAAUGCAGUUGUGAAAAUGAUAUUAAAUAAAUGUUCAAAGAGAUGGAGGUAGAAUAUAUGUUGGUUGAUAUAAGGUAACUUCUGACUGCCUCAUUGAAGACAAUACUGUCAGGUCUUCUUAGAGAAAACCAUAUCCUAGAAAAUAUUUGUCAUAAUAUCACUGUAAUUUGACUGAAGAAAAAAAUAUUUUGGACACAUUUUAACAUUAAUCAUGAAAAUGAAAAAUCAGAUGGAUUGUGUGCUUCAUUAUUUUUUGUCCAUUAACUUGUUUUUGUUAACAGUGACAAUACCUAUAAGGAACCACAAGCUAUACUGUGGGAGACCACUGUUGGAGUGAUUAACCAAAAUUCGAAUCUCAACAGUAUUUGUCAAUUACUAUUUCAGAUACAUGUACUUUUGAUUUAUAUCUAAAAUAUUCUUUCAAAAUUUCCUUAAAAGAUUUUCUAAGAAUAAUUUGUAAUUAACAUAAUAUUUAAUAUUUAAAUUAAUUAAUUUUUAAAAACAGAAGAUUUCAUAGUGAGAAAUUUUAUGUUAGAAAUGUGUGGAUUGAGAAUUGUGUGUAUGCAUGAACACAUUGUUGAGUAGAAUUAUUCUUGAAAACAAUUUUGAGUACAUGUACAAUGUAGUAUAUAUCCUUGAAGAAUUGGAUGUUUGCAUUAUCUUAUAUUUUUGUCGAUGUUUUGUUUUCUUUACUUCAGCUGAUUUUUAUGAUUAUACUCAUUUUACUUAUUGAAGCCGUGAACCAUCAAGUUUACUUAUAUAAAUAUUUUUUUAAAUUUUUGGCCCUUGAACCAACUUUAAAACAUGCAUACAAUUGGGUUAAUGUUCAGAGCAAAUUUGAUUUAAUGCAGAUGAAUUUUGAAUUUUAUUCAAAUGAGUGAAAUAUUUAUGUAUUUUAUCUGGUAAGUAUUCAGUUUGUUGGUGAUAUUGAUGGUGGUUGUUGUGUGGUGACUGAAGAUGGUAAGCAAUAUAGAUAAUAGGAAAUCAUCAAAUUUGCAUAAUUUACCAGGUAAUAUUCAAAACAAGUGCUCAAUAAUCGUCAGUUUAGUUUGCCCUAUUACAAAGCUUAGUUGUAUUUUGUCUUACACAGGUUACCAUGGAAACAAAUAUUAGUACUGUACAUCAGAUACAUGUAGUGGUUAUAAUACAGCACACUCCGUCUUAAGGAUCCCCAUACCACUGCAAAAAAUUGUAACUAAAUAUUGGAAACUUUGUUUCUGGAAUGAAAAUCAUUUAUGAAAAGAAAACUUGUGGGACCUUUAUGGGGGGAAAUUCACAGAUGAAAUAAACAAAGUACAAUCAACAUCAGUGCUGUGAUUGUAAAAACUCAGUGGGCUAGAAUGGGCUUCAAACCCUUGACCUCAGAGUGUUAUACUGCCGUUCUAAUCGUAUGAGUUAACCUGGUCAUCGUGAAGUGUCCUUGCCCACCUGUGCUACAGUUAUAUCUAAACGGAAGAAAAGGGGAGGUAACUUUAUGUAGGAAAAACCAUGGUAAUGGUACAGGGAUCCUUAACUGGACUCUUGUCGAAUCAGGACUGAUGUGUCAGCCAUCUAAAUGAUGUUGUGUAUGAUGAUGUAACGUGUAGAAUUUAUAAUCUGGAACUCUCCUCAAACCGACCAAAUUAUAUGGUCCCAGGACUUCCGGUUGUUUAUAAUUUAAUUGUACAUCGUAUUGUGCUGGCUUAUGAUACUAGGUUGUAACAACUACAUUGUCUGAAAAAGUAAAACCCCAGGGGACCGAAAUGUCCAGUGCCAGUAUCCUUGUGAUUCUGGUUGUAAGCGUUAUAUGACAGGGUCCCAUAUAUUUAUAUAAUUCAGAUGAUUUUAUUUUUAUUGAAAUACAUAUUUGUUGUAACUGAUUGAUUUUGCAAUAUGUAUUAUAUGUAACCAUGUUAUUUUAUUUAAGCUUUUUGAAGUGCUGAGUACAGACUGUUAAGCCAUUUAAAUUAAUAUCUUAUAUCCCUUGUUUGACGUUUAUCCAAUGACGCCUCGGUUUUUCUUUGAUCUUUUCUCGACGAUAUAUUGCAUACCGUGUGAUAUUUCAGAUAUCACAUGGCUUUUCUGAUUGGUCCAUGCCACAGUCUGGAGGCGGUGCCCAUUUUAAAGUGGACGUGACAAAUCAACAAAGACACGAAAAACAUUGCAAACGAAUUUAAUUUAAUUUAGACACUGUAAGUGAAAAAACAGCAUUUCUCUAUCAAGCACCAAUAAUGUGUUGGUAAUAUAUUUUUCACGCUACGUUACACUUUUUUUGUUAUCUUGUGUUUCGGUCUUGACUUUCUUGAUCGCACUUUUCCCACACUCUAAUGCCCGGCUUAUUUCCACCUGUUGCGCUUCGGACGGUCUGUUGUAGGCACGGACAGCGGUACUGCGAUGUCCAGUCCUUUCCAUAAUCAACUGUUCAUCAAAACCCAAUGAAAGUAGAAAAUAAAUGAACAUUUUUAUCGUGUAAGGUUUAGGUUAAUGUCAAUGCGUAUAACAUUCAAGUCAAAUUAAAAAAAAACAACAUAAAAAUUAAUAAUUGUUUCAUCACUACAUUGUAUUUUUAAAAAAAUAUAAACACAUGCGUUGCGGAAAAAGUAAAUACCUAAUCAUAAAUGGGAGAAUAUAUAAACAAAAUAAAUAACGCGUCAGUAAUUUAACUUCAAAUAUCGUGUUAAUGAAUUAUUUAGGAUUUAUGUUAUUUAUGGACAUCGAAAGUUAUUUUCAUAUACGAAAAAGAACAUGUAUUCUAUUUUACAGAUUAUGAAAAAACAUAUACACACGCUAAUAUUUUCGUGAUUCACAAUUAUCUUUAGAUUCACUUUAAUUUCAGACUUACCGGCUUGGUAAAGAGAUGUGGCUCAUGUUCUCUUUCCGUAGUGAUUUAAAAACUUCCCCUCGAAUCCUGCUUCCUUACACAUGUUUUUCACAAUUGCAUUCAGUUUAUUUACUCCAAUCGGCUGUGUUCCAAAUUUCCUACCGGCAAGGGGUCUCAUGUAAAAUGGACCCUCCCCAACAGUCUAUAGACAACUCUGUGUAAAUAUCCUAUACACUCCGGGGACGUCAUGCCAUGCCUGACCCUCCAUCAUUAACACCUGAGACUGAAACGCUGUGGCAGGAAAUGGGAUGCGUCAGAAAGUGGCGGGAAAAUAUCAAAGUGAUUACUUGACAGAUCCUGAUCAGCUGUAUAGCUCCCCCCCUUGACACGUGGAUGACAAAAACCUCGGCGGUCAUUGGAUAAAACAGAUACAUAAUCGACACUCGUGACGUAUCGGAUAUAUCACUCGUGCACAUUAUGUAUCUAUUACAUAUCAUUGUAGAAGUUGGCAUAUUUAACUCAUUCAUCCCUGAAGUUUUAUAAUGAACUAUUCCAACCUUUGAAUUGGAAGAGUUCAAAUGUGUCUUCAGGGGUGAAUGUGUUAAUUCGUAUAAUUAGCUUAUAUCAAGCUUAGGGAGUGAAUGCUCCUGUAGUAAACACUUUAUAAUGUGUCAAGUCAUUUUCAUUCAGCCCUCCUAAAUUUUAACACUACAAUUGUUCAUUUUACUGUAUAAAUGGUUUUUAAAAUGUACUGAAUGAUUUGGGAUCAAAUUUUGUUUUCUGACAGACUAAUGGAUGCUGUAUACAUUGUGAACAUAUUUCUAUUCAAUUCAUUAAUGUUUCCUGGUCACACACCUCAUACCACUCCUGAUAUUGUGUUGAUGUUACUAUGCUACUCUGGCAGUGUAGUAACUUGCAAUUUUUAGGUGGAAAUGUGAUUAAAAUUAAUUGAUCAUGACUACUAUUUUAAAAGAAUUGGGGGGGGGGGGGGGGGGGAAUAAGCUACUUUUAACAUUCAAGUGUAGGCCAGGGUGUAUGUACCUUUAACAAACAUAUUGUAACAACAGGACAAGAUGUUCUAAAUUGUGAAAAUUGCUAAACUUUUGAUAAAAUAUUCAUAUAAAACUUAUACAUGCUUUUCAGCCGAAACUUACUUACUUUUUACACCUGACCUAGCUUAAUUCUCUUUCAAAGAAAAAGUUUGUAAAUCCCAUGACUGGUUAUUAAAUGGUGACAAUUUAGGGCACAUUUGUACUGUUCAGGUUGUCACAUACACACUAUAGAUUCUGUAUCAGCUGUAUAUAAACAUGAGGAUCAUUAGUGUGUUGUACAGUAUAUUUUUUAUCUGCUACAUACUAGUACAUACAUGUAGUUUAUGAAGGAAAAGUGUUCCACGAAGUUACAUAAAGUCACAUCAUGUGAUGCACUUAACAGAAUUAUAGUUAUUCAAAUUAAGGUAUCUGAAAAGAAAUACUUGUACAACAACUACAGGGGGGUCAAACUCUGGGCACAUUCACUGCCAGUCACACACUUCUUUGCCAAUGUUGGUUUCAAGCAGUUAUAAAGUCAUAGCCCCAAAAUGAGUGACAAACACCUUGCAUAGUAUCAAAAUAUGAGAUGAUGUCAUUCAGGGGAAGUUACUCUGACAAAGAAAACCUCCUUGUGUUGAUUCAUUGUCUUUAUUAAAGACAAAAAACAAACCUUUUGAAGUGAAACUCUUCCUUACGAUUAUACCUUGUACAGUGGCACCCUUUACCUUACGUAUAUAGUCUUCUUCUUAGCCCUUUCACCACUGUAGACUAUCAUGGACUCAUCCAGAUGAAUGUAUGGUAGUGUCUACUCCAGUUACCUAGGGGUGAAAAGGUUUAGGACUGAUCAGGACUGUUUGUGUUCAAUAAGAGAUUUCAAAGUUUUCUUUGCCGUCUUACAAAUAAUUUUGGAGACAUCUUUCCUGUGUAAGUUCAGAAUAAAGUGAGGUUUGCAAUGUAAUUACCUGAAUAUUUGGUUCCGAGCUGUCCAACAUGUAAACGGUUAAGAUUUUGAAAAUUGUGUUUCAACUGGGGCAUUUGUACCCACACACCAUGUUAUAAUAUAAAAUAAUUUGUGUUUGAUGAUUAUUGAUUGUUUGUGUACAUUUUACAUUGUGUAAAGUUUUAUACAUUAAAAAUUGUAAAAUGCAUGCAUGUGGCUAGUCCGUCACUGUCGGACAUAUUACAACACAAAAUUAUUUUCCUUAAAGUAUAUUUUGCAAAUAAGUUUAAAAUAGACAUUUAUUUCUUGAUAUAUACACAUAUAUUUACAUAGAACUAUUGAUUGUUGUACAAGUAUGUUUAUUGUGUUAGUUCUGACUGAUAAAUACAGUGAAUAGUUUGAUAUCCAAGUUGAACAUAGAUAAGGAAUUAACAACACACUUUUGUAUUAAUUGAUUAACACUUUCACCCCAAGGAAACUUAAGUAGAAUCUACCAUACAUUUAUCUGGUUGAGUCAAUUAUGGUCUACAGUGGUGAAAGGGUGAAGGAUUUUAAAAUGUUGACCGAUGCAAACAGUUAGGCUGCAUGUGGUUUAUACAUUAAGGAAAACUUAAACGUGUCCUAAAACUUGACACUGGGUUUUAUGGUUUAUAUCAGUUACUUGGAGAAGUCGUGUAUGCUAAGUCAUACAUCUUAUCUAACUAAUCAAGUUUGCGAAGAUCAAACAAAACGUGCAGCAACCUAAAGUGGUGAUUAAAUAUACCAUCACUGACAAUUUAUAACUUAGUCAUAUUCACUUGAAUGUUUUAAUGCUGAAGUCAUAUUCACUUGAAUGUUUUCAUGCUUUAACAGAAACAACACCUUUUUUUACAAACAUGUGUGAGCAAGCCCUGCUCAUAUAAAUCUUCUGUGGUUUACAAUUUUAUCCAAAGAGACAGUUUAUCUUUGGAUGUGAUGUCUUGUCUAUGAAGACUUAUACAAGUGGGGUCACUGCUCAGAUGUAAACAGAUGUAUUUUACUGUAAAGUGCUGUGUAUUGCCAUUAAUUGUAUAUUAUAUAUUUUUAGUGCCAUGAUUUAUAAGUAUGGCUGGAGUGAUACCGACCAUAUCUCAGAUGUGUUUUGUUGUGAUUUGUUAUGUGUUAUAAAGGUUGCUCAGUAUGUGAGUGAGAGUAAUGUGUUAUAAAGGUUGCUCAGUAUAUGAGUGAGAGUAAUUUGUGCGGGUGUUGUGAUGAUACAAUUUUCAUGUUGACAUUUCUUGGUGAAUCUCAUUGCAGAUCAUGUUAAUAUGCUGAAGUACUGUGUAGUAUCAAGUUAUACAUAUAAACUGGAUAACAGUCUACUUCUGACUGAGUGCAAUGGACAAAUGCAUCAAUUGAUGUACGUGUUUCAUUCAUAGUUGAAAUUGAGAAACCAAAAUGAAAUAAAGACUGCAGGCCUAGAUUUAUGUUGAUAUUCCUCACCUGCAGUUACUCCUGUAGUCUCUCAUCUAACACAGUGUCUAAUCAGUUUGUGCUUCUUUAAACCUUUUAAAUCCAGAUGUUUCAUUCAUUAAAGCUUCCAACAGGUCAGUUUUAUCAUGGGAAGAAUAUGAAAGAUUGAUAAUAAUAUCGUUAUUGGAAUGUGCAAGUUCAAAAUGUACAUUUUAAGUAAAAUAGAUUCUCACUGUAUAACGCAUUCACCCCUGAAAUUUCAUAAUGGAGUAUUCCAACCUUUGAAUUGGAAGAGUUCAUAUGUGUCUUCAGGGGUGAAUGGCUCAACUUUUAAGCAUAAAUUUGUCAUCAAUGAUGGUAGAACAUUAGUUCUUGUGAUUUUAUUAUUGUUGUGAGGCUAGCUAGGAAAAAUAAAUAUAUGAUGCAUUCAAGUGCUUGAAAUUGACAAUAUGAGCCUAAAGGAAAUAUCCAUGUAUAAUGUUGACUGUGCAGUGAGAAAGACAUCCAGGUGUGUGAUUGGUGAACAUGUGGAGAGUGUGUAUUUCUGUAUGGAGGGUAGGAGUUGUGUGGGGGUGAUGUGUUGGUGUGUGGAGAAUGUGAGUCGAGUCUAGAUUGUGUGUGAGGGAUUUUUGUUUGUGGUACAUGAUACAUGUAUCAAUACAUAAGUAUUUGUGAUGUACAAAACAUACAUGUCCUGAGUUGGGAGACUAGAAAUACGCUAAUGUUAUGAUAAUACAUAGUUUACCAUGUAAUUUUGAGUUCAGCUUAUUUUGUGUACAACAAUGUGUGUACAUGAUCCCUGUCAAGCUGUAGGCCUGUAAUAAACCUGAUGUAAUUUA